GAGCUCCAAGUGGCUUCCUGCUGCUUGCCUCUAAACCCCUCCACAUUCCUGCAGCCCUUCAGACCGCCGGAACUGUUCUGCCGCCUGCCUGCCUGCCUGCCUGCCUGUCUGCACCGAGGGUUCCCAGCACCAUGAGGGCCUGGAUCUUCUUUCUCCUCUGCCUGGCCGGGAGGGCCUUGGCAGCCCCUCAGCAGACCGAAGCCCCUGAGGAGGAAAUAGUGGCGGAGGAAACUGUGGCCGAGGAUACUGGGGUCCCUGUGGGUGCCAACCCAGUCCAGGUGGAAAUGGGAGAGUUUGAGGACGGUGCUGAGGAAACGGUCGAGGAGGUGGUGGCUGACAACCCCUGCCAGAAUCACCACUGCAAACACGGCAAGGUGUGUGAGCUGGAUGAGAGCAACACCCCGAUGUGUGUGUGCCAGGACCCCACCACCUGCCCUGCUCCCAUUGGCGAGUUUGAGAAGGUGUGCAGCAACGACAACAAGACCUUCGACUCCUCCUGCCACUUUUUUGCUACCAAGUGCACCCUGGAGGGCACCAAGAAGGGUCACAAGCUCCACCUGGACUACAUUGGGCCAUGCAAAUACAUCCCCGCCUGCCUGGAUUCCGAGCUGACCGAGUUCCCUCUGCGCAUGCGUGACUGGCUCAAAAACGUCCUGGUCACCUUGUACGAGAGAGAUGAGGGCAACAACCUCCUCACCGAGAAGCAGAAGCUGCGGGUGAAGAAGAUCCACGAGAAUGAGAAGCGCCUGGAGGCUGGAGAUCACCCCGUGGAGCUGCUGGCCCGAGACUUCGAGAAGAAUUACAACAUGUACAUCUUCCCUGUCCACUGGCAGUUUGGCCAGCUGGACCAGCACCCUAGUGAUGGGUACCUGUCCCACACUGAGCUGGCCCCACUGCGUGCUCCCCUCAUCCCCAUGGAACACUGCACCACACGCUUCUUUGAGACCUGUGACUUGGACAACGACAAGUACAUCGCCCUGGACGAAUGGGCCGGCUGCUUUGGCAUCAAGGAGCAGGACAUCAACAAGGACCUGGUGAUCUAAGUUCACACCUCCUUCUGCAGUCCCGGAUUCUCUCCCUCUGAUGUCCCCCUUACCAUUCCCCCCUUGUUUAAAAUGUUUGGAUGGUCGGCUGUUCUGCCUGGGGAUAAGGUGCUAACAUAGAUUUAACUGAAUACAUUAACGGUGCUAAAAGAAGAAAAAAAAAAGGAUACUAUAACUUAA